GCAUUCAGUCCAAGGAAAAUUGUGGCAGGCUGAGUUUGCUUUCCUGAACCUGAGCUUGAUUCUAGGUUGCUUCCCUAGUCCUGAACCUGAAUGUUCUGACUGAAAGCCAACGAUGAACAUGUGUCACUAGUCAAGCGACAGGGAGAGAUUACGACAUAGAUGCGCUUUUCCAGUAUGAAACGGGAUAGCUACUUAUCUCCUCCUAGGCACCAACUCUCGUCCGUAGUAGUGCGCAAUACUGACCUAGGCAGCUUUCAGUCUUAGGCCUUCGUUCCGCCGAAGAAAUUCACAGCUCACCAGUGCGUGCCAUGGACGAAGCUUCGCAGAAAGUGUUAAACUAUCACGGCGACGCUAGUAGAGCGUCUUGGCCGAGGCAGCGGCAGCGCUUACCUCGGAGAUGCAGCGGUUUUCGUCAUGGCUUCCGGCAGUUACUGGUCGCGGAUUUAGCAUAUCAGAAACGUCGCAGCAGCAUUUUCAAGUCUCGCGUAUCUCGUCGCAGGGAGCGGCGAUCGCGGAGCCCGUUGGCGAAUUCCCCGAUACUGCUGUCGUUACUUCUCUGUUCGACUGUGUUAAGUUAUUCGCCGUUUUCCGAAGCGGUUCUCGUGGAGCAGAAACAAGGCGAGGUGCUGGCGAAAUGUGCGGUGGAGAUGGGUGCUACGGAUUACAACUGGAGUCCCAAGGCUCCGUGCACGAUGGACGAAGGUCUCGUGUGUAACCCAGAUGGAACAGUCAACACCAUUGCCUUGUCUGAGGUUGGCUUGGUCGGAAGCGUCUGCUCCGUUAUAGGCAACCUCACUACACUGGUGAAGAUCGAUCUGAGCCUCAACGAUCUGUCAGGGAGCAUCCCUGCCAGCAUUGGCCAGCUCCCCCUGCUGCAGACACUUGACCUGUCUUACAACUCUAUCGGAGGCGUCGUGCCUCCUGCUAUUGGGUUGCUAUCCAGCCUGCAAGUUCUUGACCUGUCUUACAACUCUAUCGGAGGCGUCGUGCCUCCUGCUAUUGGUUUGCUAUCCAGCCUGCGAGUGCUUGAUUUAUCUUACAACGCUAUUGAAGGCGCCGUGCCUCCAGCGAUAGGAUCGCUGUCCAGCCUUCAAGUUCUCAAUCUGGACAUCAACAACGUUAGUGGGAGCCUCCCACCCACCAUGAGCCAACUCUCUAAUCUACACACUCUCCAUCUAGCAAACAACUCCUUCGAAGGGCCCUUCCCAAGUGUCCUGACGUCGCUCUCCAGUCUCACUUUCUUGUCACUCUUCUACAACAACUUUUCAGGAGACGUCCCGCCGUCCAUCUCACACCUCUGGAGACUCCAAUCACUGGACGUGGGAGCCAACGACCUCACUGGGGAGGUGCUUCCGGCAAUAGCAUCUCUCAGAAGUCUAACUUCCCUGGACAUUGCAUACAAUGCUUUCAGUGGAUCCAUCCCUUCGAGUUUUGGGCAACUCACCAACAUGCGGCAUGUCGUUCUUCUCUACAACCAGUUCACAGGCAGCAUUCCAGGAACCCUCUCCGCCCUUAAAAAGCUCUCUCACAUUGACUUCGCCCGCAACAUCUUUCGGGGCACCAUCCCGUCUUUCUUUGCUGACCUUACCAAUCUCAACAUGCUGCAUUUUGACGGUAACCAGUUCUCGGGAUAUAUUCCUUCGGUAUUGGGAAGCCUCACUAAGCUCACGUACCUGGGCUUCGCCACCAAUGCUCUCUCAGGCACCGUUCCUCCCACCCUUGGAACUCUCCUGAGACUGACUAACCUUGAGCUAAACGAGAGUGGUGCUGUGUGCCCCAAAGGAGCUGGGCAGCCCUGCGUGGUGAAGCAGACCCCCUCGUCGCAAUUCUGCCACUGGUGCAAGGACUUCUGCUCCUCCUGCUACAGUGGCCCCGUUCCUCCUCCCAUUCCGCCUCCCUCCAUGGACGCGCCCCCCUCCUCCUCUCCUUCCUCUCCCUCCUCUUCCUCGGGUCUCUCUCUGGGAGCUAUCAUUGGCAUUGCUGUUGGAGGCGUCCUCGUUAUCGCCCUCCUCGUUAUUGGAAUACUGCUUCUCUACAAGCGAAGGCCCACGCAAGGGCCACAUGAGCCAGAGUAUGGCGCGAGUGAUGCGCAUGCGGACGAAGUUUCAUCUAUGCCAAGCCAUGCCCACAUGUGCCAGCGCUUCUCCUUUGACACUGUCUCCAAGUCGACAAACAACUGGGCGCAGGCGAACCACAUUGGGUCGGGAGGGUAUGGCGAGGUGUAUCGGGGAGUGUCUCCUGUUGACCCCUCUGUGGUGUGGGCCGUGAAGCGAGCCAAGAUACUCACAAACGACUUCAAGCGAGAGGUGGAGGAGAUGGCGUCGAAGAGCCAUCCUCACCUGGUGCGGCUGCUGGGGUACUGUGUGGAUAUGGACAUGGCAACAGAGCACCACGAGCAGAUCGUCAUCUAUGAGUUCUGCUCCAAUGGGGACCUCGAGAAGUACCUCAGUGGAGGGACCCAAAAAGGCACUUUGACGCUGCAGCAGCGCAUGGAGGUGCUGGCGGGGGUGGCGCGGGGGUUGGAGUACCUGCACCAGUUUGACAUCGUGCAUCGAGACAUCAAGCCCGCCAACGUGCUGCUCGAUGCUAACAUGCAGGCCAAGGUGUCGGACUUUGGGCUGGUGCGCAUGACGGAGGGCACCACGGUGAAUCCCACCAGAGUGGUCGGCACUCCGGGCUAUGUGGACCCCGCUUACUCCCGCACCAACAAGGCCACCCCCAUGGCUGAUGUCCAUAGCUUUGGCGUGCUGAUGCUGGAGGUGAUGCUGACAAAACCUACUGUGAUUCAAGAGUCGGGCCAAGACACCAACAUUAAAGACUGGGCUGCGCGUUGCGUGCAAGCUCAAGACGCCGAGGGUCUCAGAGACCCCCACCUCAGUGCUACGCCGGACGAGCUACUUUUCCAAGUGGUCGAGCUCGCUCUCCGAUGCACCGACAUGCCUCCAUCCUCGCGCCCGCACAUGACUGAAGUCGUGGCGCGCUUGGAUGCUCUCUCGAGGGAAUUUCUGACGAAGGGGAUGUCAAGAGCUGACUCGCGGCUUCAAGUUAUCGACAAGGAGAUUGCUGCGCGCAAGCCUGAGAAUAGUCUUGAUGAUGAGUUUGUGCGGAUUGAUAGGCUUUCUGGCGCAUGUGACGAGGUGUAGUCCAUGUAUUUAUCACAUAGAUCUGCUGUACUGUGCAAUUAUUAAAGUCGUGCAAUUGGAUGCGCUCUCGAGGGAAUUUCUGACAAGGGGGGUGUCGCGAGCGGACUCACGGCUUCAAGUUAUUGACCAGGAGAUUGCCGCGCACAAGCCUGCCUUGAGCGGAUUGAUAGGCUCUCUGGUGCGUGUGACUGAAAAUUGUUCUCCAAGGGGUUGCUAGCUAAAGCAUGUUUUGGGCCUGUUGCUCCAUCUACGUUAUAGUGCA